AAUAAUCAUUUUUUGGAUAAAGUAUUUUAGUAACAUAAACUUUUUUUAGGUCACUUCCGGGUACCACAGCAGCUGAAUGUGCAUCAAAUCUUAAGAAGAUCUAUACAGUACAGACAGUACAGAUUUUCUGGAGUGUCUAUAAUAAUAUUCCUCCUGUGACAAAUUUGCCUCUGAGAUGCAGUUACCAUUUAAUGCGGGGAGAAAGACGGCCCCUUUGGGAAGAGGAAAGCAAUGCCAAAGGAGGUGUAUGGAAAAUGAAGGUCCCCAAAGAAAGUACAUCUGCGGUUUGGAAAGAGUUACUGCUGGCAACUAUUGGGGAACAGUUUACAGAUUGCUCUACAGCAGAUGACGAAGUAAUAGGGGUUAGUGUCAGUGUUCGUGACCGUGAAGAUGUUGUUCAAGUCUGGAAUGUGAAUGCAUCUUUAGCAAGUGAAGCAACUGUUUUAGAAAAGAUCUAUGAACUUCUGCCACACACGUCCUUUAAAGCAGUGUUUUAUAAGCCCCACAGAGAGCAUCAUGCUUUUGAAGGUAGACGUGGAAAACAUUAAUAAUUCCCUGCACAAAACUCAUACUUUGUAGCCUAAGUUUUGGACAUGGCCUGAGCAGAGAGAUGGAGGAGCAGAAGCCUUGCAGAAGCACCACAUCUGCUUGUCAUUUUCAGUUUGUUUCUAAUGCUUUCAAAUUGAGCCAUUAUCACUCAAAAUGAGGAAGGUGGUUGCCUUUAUUACUAAACAUGGUGCUCCUUACUUUUUAGGCUUUCUACAUUCUCUGUUUAGUUUCCUUGUUGGAAAAAAUAAUUAGCCAUUUGUUUUUCUUUUAUUCAGACUGAAUUUGUAUUUCUUUUGUUAAACAUAGAAGACUCUUUUAAAGUAGGUGUACUGUACUUAGUAAAAUGCAAAGAUGCACAAACAUGAUAUGCUGCUUUUUCUAGAUUUGCUGUACAUAGAAGAAUACUUGCUUGGUGAAACAUGUGUUUUCAAUUUUUGUUUUGAAACAUUCCUAUCAUGUUAAGAUUUACUCACUGUCUUUGUCCCAAGAGAGAGAAAUUGCACUGCAUUAUUCUAAUAUAAAGUCAUCUGGUCUUGCACUGAGAAUAGCACACAUACUGUAAAAAUAAAUAAUAAUCACUGAAUGAGACCCUCCAAACAAAGAACACAUUUGUAUUGGGACGGACUUAAAUUCUGUGAGUUGUUGUAAACCAGUGUUUCAUUUAUGCAGUCUCAAAACAACACAUUCAGCAGAAAAUGAGAGAUCUUUCAAUAAGUGGUAGUUUUGUAUGCUUUCUUGUGAAGCUUUUUGGUGCACUCAUUACAAAAAUAUUUCCCAACUCAAUUCUAGCACAUUUUACUAAAUGGAUCCUUCCCUCUCCUUGUUUUAAUCAUAUUGGGCUUCUGCCCAUACCCAUGAAGAUUAGUACCAAACUCCUGUUGGCUUCUGUACAAGAAGAUAGCCCCCAUCAUAUUUAGUUUCAAGUAGUGGCAGCAUCUUCAGUGAGGUAGGUUUUAGUUUAGAAAAAUGAAGUUAAUAUUUUACGGCAUGACUCUGAAUAUUUACAGUGUUAACCUCCCAGUGUGUUUUGUCUCUAUUGAAAAUUGGAGGGUUCACUAUGCUUUAUUAUAGUACCAAAGAUUUAUUGAGUUAGUUCUUUUUACUAAAGGAAGCUACAAAGUAGAAAUGAAUGUAUACUCCACUGAGUAUUCCGGGGUUGAUGUGUUUUUUGGACAGUGUUCAGAUUGCACUGAUUUUCACAUAUUUAGUAUAUUAAGAGGGCAACCAUUGGAAUGAAAUACAUUUAUGAAUUAAAAUUCCCUUUUCAUUUUUUACAACUUCAUCUGUAUUUAUGAAUUAUAAUUGUGCAGUUUGUGAGGAUUAUUAAUUAAACAAAUUUUUCUAAAAUCAAA